AUGCUAAAGUCAAUCGAAAGUAAUUUUGAACAGUCAGAUUCAUUGUUAACAGCACGAGGAGAUGAUGAUUAUAUGCUAGGACGUUUUGUUAACGAAGUUAUGACAAUAUUAUCUCAGUUUAAAACAGCGAGCGAACAAUUAUCCGCUAUAUUAGUAUUAGUCGAUACACGAAAGCUUAUUGUCACAUUUCAAAUUCCAAAAUCGGAUCAAGAAAACAUAAAACAAGCUCCAAAAUCAAAGCGGUUUAAGAAAGAUUUAAUAACGGUGAAUGGUGUUUUAAAAGAAUUCGCUUGCCAGGAUGAUCAGGAAACAGAUGAAGAAGAACAAGAUGAAGUAGCUGAAUAUUGGAGAGCAAAAUUACGUUUUAGUUCUGAAGAAAAUGUUCUGUUAUGGUGGAAGAAGCAAGAAACGAUAUAUCCACAACUGAGAAUUUUAGCACAGUUACUUUUAUCCAUUCCUGCUAGUUCGGUUACUGCUGAACGAAUUUUCAGCAAUACUGGCAGAAUAUUAGAAGCCCGGCGUGAACGAUUAAAUCCAGACUCAGUAGAUGCUAUAUUAUUUUUAAGAAAUUUUAGGAAAUAG